AAUUGACUUUAUGAUAACACCACACCAUGCCAUCUUAAUAUUGCGCACUAAGUCUUAUUGAGAUAGUUCCCGAGGAGACUUCAAGUUAACUCGAUAACAACGUCCGACGCCAACUCAACACCUCCAGCGUGCUGGGUCUGGCCUUCAUAGGUUAGGAGGGCCAGGCCCACAGCCAUAGACUCAGUUUGGACCGCCGCCCCCGUUCGGAGCCUUUCGAGUUCUUUGGCAACAGCCUUUUGAGGCGUUAGACAUUUAGACAGCUUUACGAAAGCACUGCAAGCAGAAAUGGCAGCGAAGUUGAAGAAGUUCCUUCUUCGAUACUAUCCGCCUGGAAUCAUCUUGCAGUAUGAAAGGGAUGGCGCUAUGAAGCAGAAGCCAAUUGAUCUGCUGGAUCUUACACCAGAUGUGGAUGUCGAGGUGUUGCUAUCGCAAAUAAUCCGUCAGGAGCCGCUUAUCAGUGAGAACCGGCGACCAGCGCUACGGCAACUCAUACACAGAUUAAUCGAUAAGAUGCUGGAGCAGCAACACCACAGCUUCACGUUGUUCAAGGUGUUGCGCGCCCACAUCCUGCCUCUGACCAACUGCGCAUUUAAUAAGAGCGGCGAUCGCUUCAUUACUGGGUCGUAUGACAGGACAUGCAAGGUUUGGAACACGUUUACAGGAGAGGAGAUUUUCACGCUGGAGGGGCACAAGAACGUGGUGUACGCCAUCGCGUUCAACAACCCGUACGGUGACAAGAUUGUGACAGGCUCGUUUGACAAAACCUGCAAACUCUGGGACGCGUACACGGGGCAGCUGUACUACACCCUCAAAGGUCACCAGACGGAGAUCGUGUGUUUAUCAUUUAAUCCACAGUCGACCAUAAUCGCUACGGGCUCUAUGGACAACACGGCGAAGCUGUGGGAUGUGGAGACGGGACAGGAGCGGGCCACGCUGCAGGGACACAGAGCGGAGAUUGUGAGCCUGGGCUUCAACACGGGCGGUGACCUGAUCGUGACGGGCUCCUUUGACCAUGACUCGCGUCUAUGGGAUGUGCGCACGGGGCAGUGCGUGCACGUGCUCAGCGGCCACCGAGGGGAGGUCUCGAGCACGCAGUUCAACUAUGCGGGCACGCUGGUGGUCAGUGGAUCCAUCGACUGCACCUCUCGGCUCUGGGAUGUGCGUAGCGGCCGGUGCCUUUCGGUAAAGCAGGGCCACACCGACGAGGUUUUGGAUGUGGCCUUUGACUCGGCGGGGACAAAGUUCGUGUCGGCGUCGGCAGAUGGGACGGCCAGGCUCUACCACACGCUGACCGGGGUGUGCAAUCACACACUGGUGGGGCACGAGGGCGAGAUCAGCAAGGUGGCUUUUAACCCGCAGGGUACACGCCUGAUCACGGCAUCGUCGGACAAGACCUGCAGGCUGUGGGACUGUGACUCGGGAGAAUGCCUACAGGUCCUGGAGGGCCACACGGACGAAAUCUUCAGCUGCGCUUUCAACUACGAGGGUGAUUUCAUUAUUACGGGUUCUAAGGACAACACGUGCCGCAUCUGGAAGGCCCUCACCGCCUCCAGCCAGCCGGGGGCACCGGGCGGGCCCGGGGCCAGGCCGCAGACGGCCUUCAGCUACAACGACUAGACAAAAGGGAUUUGCAGCAUCGCGGAGGAGUGUGGAACAGAGGCCUAAGGCCUAGGGAGGUGGAGUAGGCUGGGAAGGCAUGAUCCGCAGCAUGCUGCACGUCGCCUUGGGAUUAUGCUCCAUGUUGGUGGCACCAUGCUGUUCUGCUAUGCCCUGUCCUAGCUUGUGUAGUGUAGCGAGCGGGCAGGGGGUGAGGAUGGCCACUAGACCCGAAGCAGGGAUGUAGGGGGCCUGUGCCUGCAAUCAGCCUGUGUAGAAUGAUGUGUCUCUGGAUUGCAGUUGCAUGUUCUGUACCGUACGAUGUUUGGGAGGAGCGCUGGUUACAGGAGGGGCGCUGCUUGCAAGGCACCUUGAGUUGGGCGGGCCAUGCAUGGAUGGGAGCACAAAGCACCUUCCAGCAUACGGAAGCUCAAAGCCCGCAGGGCAUUGGGGCCUGCAGCAGAACGGUGGAGGGUCAGUCGCGAAGGUGUGCCGGGAUUGCUUCUGCGUGCAGCUAGGUAGGUCAACAUGGGGCAUGUGCGGCUACGCCUUCCUCCUAUGCGUGCUUGUGUGGCCGCGCGUGUGUGUGCAUGUGUGUCAUUAAUGGACGACAGGUCCUGAGUAUGGGGCGAUACCUGGAUAAGAGAUGUGGAGCACUGCAGAGGAAGACGUAGUCUGGGGAGGUUUUGCAAGGGGUGGGCCGUGCCACGUGGUGCAAUGGCAUAUGCUGCUGCAACUGCAGCAGCAGGUGGCAGUACCGAGGGCUGUGAUGGCGGACCUGACGGUGACGUGUUUUUAUGGGUGUGAUUGUAACAGCCGUGUAGUGACUGCGGGCCAGCGCGCAAGUGCCGUGAGGGCGAACAGGAUGACGCAGACAGGGUUGGGGGUGACAAGAGGCCGUGCGACAAAAUUAUGUUUGGUGCUCGGGUGGCGCUUAUGCCGAGUUGGUGUCCGGGGUGGUGUAGGUGACCUUACAGCGCUGUCGCCGGCAAGUAGGACUGCAGUCAUGGACGCAGGCAGGCAGGGUGUGGGGAUUAGUGCCGUACGAGGGACGGGUCCUGUUGUUUCUGCUAGAGCCCUUUCCGCUCUCGGGCCUGUGGCAGUGCACUAAUGGAUUAUGAAUUGCGCCUGUGUGGAGCGGGCGCUAAAACUCAGUGUGUGCGUGCGCAGCGCGCACCAGAAACGAGCAUUCCAGCUGAACAACUUGGUAGCGUGUGGUUGGAGGUAGUUGUAACCACACCCUAGGC